AUGCUUAGCAUCUCUCGCGUUGUGGCCUUAUGCGCUGCGUUCGCGACACUCGCCAACGCCGCCACCCACUACGAGUACAAGACCGUCGACGUGGACUACAACUUCGACGAGAAUGAAGAAACCCCGCGCAGUGUCAUCAUGAUGAUUCCCGACGGCACGGGACCCAACGUGUUCACCCUUGCGCGAACUGUUCUCGACCCGACCCUGAAGACUCGGCUGCACAUUGACCCGCACCUCAUGGGCACCGUCCAGACGCACUCCUCCACGAGCUACAUCACGGACUCCGCUGCGUCCGCCACUGCCUACUCGACGGGUUACAAGACGUACGACUCGGCUAUUGCUGUGGACACGUACGAGCAGCCGCUGGGCACUGUGCUGGAGGCAGCCAAGGCGCGUGGCAUGGUCACCGGUAUGAUCGUCACCUGCCGCGUGACCCACGCCACCCCCGCGUCGUUCGCGUCUCACGUCAUUGACCGCGACUCGGAAGACGACAUUGCUGCGCAGUACGUCGCGAACAAGAACCUGGACUUCUUGCUUGGCGGUGGCCGGAAGCACUUCAACGACUCCAUGCUCGAAGACUUGCACGCUAACGGCUACACUGUUGCCAACAACUACCAGGACCUGCUCGACUACCAGUCGGCUAACCAGGAGUCGGGAGCGCUGCGCUUGUUCGGUCUUUUCCACGAGGACCACAUGUCGUACGAGGUCGACCGUCUCCGUGAACUCGCCGCCAGCAACACCACCUCCCGCGAGCCAAGCCUCCCGGAGAUGGUGGACAUUGUGCUGAGUCUCCUCCGCAAGAACGAGCAGGCCAAGAAGCACGGCUACUUCGUCAUGAUCGAGGGUUCUCGUGUGGAUCACGCUGGCCACUCGAACGACCCUGGCACUAUGGCCAAGGAGGCGAUUGCCUUCGAUGAGUCCGUUGCUGUGGUGAUUAACCACGUGGAGCAGUCCCCCAACACGGCGAUGCUGUCGGCUGCCGACCACGGCACUGGUGGUCUCACGCUCGGACGCGGCCCUGCCUACCCGUACGCGUGGUACCCGACCGAGCUGCAGCUUCAGAACAUGUCGACGGAGGCCAUGCAGGAGCAGCUGGAGGUUGUUCUUGAGGGUGGCGACUGUGCUGUUGGAGCCAAUGAGACGUGCAAGGCAGCUCUGCUUACUUCGUCCAAGUCCCUCCUAACCAACUACACCAACGUCACGACGGUCACGGACGAAGAGGUGGUCGAGCUCGUCACGCAAAUUGCGACGGCGGUGGACGAGACGCGGGACUUGGAGGACGUCAUGAUUGAGCUGGGCCACGUGAUCAGCCUGCGUGCUGCCGUGGACUGGACUACGGUGGGCCACGUUGGCACGGACGUGAACUUGUACUGUAAGGGCCCGCUGCUCUUCGAGCGCAUGUGCAAGGGCGUCCACGAGAACACAUACCUGAACAAGCUCAUGACGAACUUCCUGGGCUUGGAGCACCAGCAGGAGCUGGUGACACUCAAACACCGCAACAUCUCGGUACUCGAAGACCCGCUCGUCAUGUAG